CCGUUUUUCCCCUUUUGCGCCAGCGUCUGGUGGCUCAGUGCCUGAGCGAGUGGAGGAUUUGGGCUGCUGUUGCUACCUCUGUUCCUCCUCUGCACCCACUUAAUAUGUUCUCAGAGGAAGGGCUGCAAGUCAAUUUAACAUGCAGCAUGGCAGUGAGCCACACAUCUUAUUUACCUUAUUGUACAACAAUAAUGAAUUGAAAACAGAGUCCGAAGUUAUAAAUCUGCCUGUUUCCCAGGUCACAAGCUGUGACAGGCAGAACAUGCAGCACGAACGUCCACAGCCUAUAUCAUAACUGUCGUUUUUGUUUUGCUUUUUGUCCCUGGAUGUGCAGCAACAUGCCAACAUGCCACUUUGGUGAAAACUCAAAGCAAGUUCUAAGCAGACUGGUGCCCCUGGGCAAGAUGAUUUAUUUGGGUCACAUUUUAUGUAAUAGGUACAAAUGUGGUGCAAGAUAUGAUUUCAAGCAACUUUUUAAAAAAUUUUUAAUGCAUAUUUACCAUUAGAUGUCCUUGAACAGCUUCUUGGCAGACAGCAGCCCCGCCUCUCACCCAGCAUAAAUCUUAACGAAAAAAAGAAGAUGCAAAGAUAAGAGUAGGAGUUAAGGAAGCAGAUGGUAGAAGUAGCUUGUUCUCUCACUCCCAAGCUUUGAACCCCACGCCCUUGCCUUUAAUAUACAUUCAAGGAUUCUGCUGAGUGUACUGAAACAUAAAGCACAGACAAACAAAUCCUGCUAAGCUCUCGUUUCCUUUAUUCCUUGAUUGUACCUCUCCUUACUAUGAUUUCACACACUGUUGACUUCUGUACAGUCUGGAUAUUUCUCCUAUUCAUUGAGGGGGGAUUUGCACUGGUGCAAAAGAUUAAAGAUUCAGGUGCAGGGUCGAAAGCAGUUAAACCUUCUCUACGACCACAGCGUCACUGUGGAAACUGGGUACGAACCACUGAUGGCGGCACUUUCAAUUCCCCAAACUACCCAAAUACGUACCCUCCAAACAAGGAGUGCCUCUAUGUGCUGGAAGCCCUGCCUCGCCAGAGAAUAGAGCUGAUGUUUGACGAAGUCUUCCACAUCGAGGCGUCGUUCGAAUGUCGCUUCGACAACAUCGAAGUGCGGGACGGUCCCUUUAGUUUCUCCCCGCUCAUCAAUCGCUUCUGCGGCUCAGCCAGUCCUGGACUCAUCCUGUCCAGCGGACGCUUCAUGUGGAUCCGCUUCUUCAGUGAUGAAGAGCUGGAGGGGACUGGCUUCCAGGUCCAGUACAGCUUUGCUGCAGAUCCUGAAUUUCAUCUGCAUGUGGGAGGACUUUUAAACCCCAUCCCAGACUGUCAGUUUGAGCUGUCUGGAGCUGACGGUGUAAUCCGUUCAAGUCAGGUGGAAGAAGAGUCCAAAGUGAAGCCAGACCAAGCAGUGGACUGCAUCUGGACUAUACGUGCCCCAACAAAGAACAGGAUUUACCUGCGAUUUUUGGAAUACCAGAUGGAAAACUCCAAUGAAUGUAAGAAGAACUUUGUGGCUGUUUAUGAUGGCAGUAGUGCCAUUGAGGAUCUAAAGGCCAAGUUUUGUAGUACAGUAGCUAAUGACAUUAUGCUGGACACUGGUGUGGGAGUAGUGAGGAUGUGGGCUGAUGAGACAAGCCGUCUCAGCCGCUUCCGGAUGCUGUUCACAUCUUUUGCUGACCCACCCUGUAAGAGCAGUGCGUUCUUUUGCCACACUAACAUGUGCAUCAACACUUCUCUGGUGUGCAACGGCAUACAAAACUGUGUCUUUCCUUGGGACGAAAGCAACUGCAAAGAGAAAAAGAACAAAGGUCUUUUUCACCAGAUCACAAAGACUCACGGGACAAUAAUCUGUGUGUCUACGGGGGUGGUGCUGUUACUCCUAAUUGUCUCCAUUCUGGUGCAAGUCAAGCAGCCACGUAAGAAGGUGUUGGUUCGUAAGAACAACUUGUUUCCUCGUGCUGACUUUCAGGAGGUGUUUGACCCUCCUCACUAUGAACUCUUUAAUCUCAGAGACAAGGAGAUUUCUUCAAGAGACCUUGGGGAGUUGUCAGAGGAGCUCCAGUCCCUACAAGCGCUCAGGAGAUCCUCGUCAGGAUCGCGCUGCAUACACGAACAUCAUUGUGGCUCUCUGGCCUCUAUCAACUCCAUUAAAGGCAGCCUAGGGGCGCAAGGCCUGGGAAGGGGAUCCAUGGAGCUUCCACCUUUCAGAGUAGACUUCCAAAACUCCUUGCCUCCUCUAAGAGAUUUCAACAGCAGUCUGAGGAAGAAGAGCUGGCCCAGUAUGAAAUCAGGCCGAAUACAGGGCCAUCAUGGUAUGGGAGAGAGAGCUCUGGGGCGGCAGGACAGAGUAAUGGAAGAGGAAGAAGAGGAGGAGGACGGAAGGUAUGAUGUGUAUGUGCGGAGAGGCGGAAGCCGAAGAGGCUAUGAAAUGGCCCAGCAAAGAUCCCUGUCCAUGGACUUUUGAGGAGAAAACACAAGAUCUGCGUUAGGGUAGGUAAACACUGCCUCGAUUUUAGGGAGGAGCUUUUCAAAUUUACAGGAAAAAGGAAAAAGAAAGAAAACCAAUGGCUUGUGCAAGUACACUUUCCUUCUUCUCAGUAAGGCUGGAAAACAUAGGCUCUGUUAAGGAGCAACAAGAAGAUCCUCAGGCACUGUCAAAUCUGCUUAUAUACUGAAACAGCAAACAGAGAGCUGCUAUCAAGUCUCUGACACCAGUGUAAAAGUGAAACUAAAAGAAAAUGCUGUAUAGAGUUCUUGUCUUGAUGUAUUUUGUUGAAUACAUUUAACUGUAACGCGAAUAGAUGUUGUGGAAGUAUGUUUUGAGUCAGUGUGUAGAAGAAGCGUGAUUACAUUUUGAGUAUUAGUGAAAAAAACUACAUUGGUUAAAAACGAAAAGGUAAUUUUCCGCACCUCUGACUUCGGAAAAGUCAGCUCCGAGUUAAAGUCGGUUUUUAGUUUUACUGAAGGAAAGUCUGGUUGUUCUGCAAUCCCCUUUUGGGCAUGUUGCACAGGUACACAGGUUGGAAAUUUUACAAUUAUGUCGCUCUUCAGUGACACACCUGACCUUAUGAAAACCAGAAAACAAGGUUUCUUUGUACAAUCUUUUAAAAACAAAUGGGUUAUCAGAUCUUAACACAGCGGGGGAGAAGCCAACAUAGUCCUGUUAAUUAGCAAGGAGGGUAUUUAGGAAUUAAACCAUUUAAUAAGAAAUAAAACCACGUGAGUACUGACCUCAAAGAAAGUGUUUGAAUGGAGAAAAUUGGACAUGGUUCGCCUGGUUUCACAGUGGAUCUAAAAUGCUGUAUUCCAAUGUUUUCAUGUGUUGUGAUCUUAAACACAGUGUCUCUGAAAUUCCCACAGAACCUCUUACAUAACCUUGUAGCUGGCACAAACCUCAUUUGGAAAGCCUUGCGGUGUAGUCAGCAUACCUCUGCAGUUCAUUUGUCAUCCUCAAAAAAAUUCACUGGACCAAUAAUUAAUGGGGAAACAUAGUUUGUCUGCAUAGACAUAGACAAAAGCCUGACAGUGCAUUCUCAGUGCUAGUGUGUGUGCUGGUAUUUAUAAGUGUUAUACAAUUCUCAUUUGACCUCUAAGUAUAAACUUAUAAACUCACGAUUAAAGACUUCCAGUUAAGUUUCUAUGCACUGGCUACUUUGUACACAAUAAAAGCUACGAUCAAACAAGUGAUAGAUAACGUAAAUGGGUCAGUCAUGAUAAUGUACUCUGUUUUAUAUGCUUCCAUAAGUUGACCUUGUUUGUAGGGAAUAUGCAUUAUCAGCUCCAGUACACAGUCUUUUUUUUCUUUUUUUAUCUCAAUAUCCAUGAAUAGGCACGAUAUCUGGAACACCUCAGGUAAUAUAUGACUCCAGAGAAAUAGGUCAAAAGGUACAGGAGAUGCAGGAUUAUUGCUAUAUAAUAACUCUCUGUGUGACAAUAGUUAAGCCUGUCUUCAAAGGUGUGUCUCAUUCUUUUCUCAGUUUGAUCGACGCUGGGAAAACAUCUGCACUAAGGAGCUAAAGAAGUUUAAGUUGGGUUUUUUUGUUUGAUUUUUUUUUAGAUUGUUACAAGCCCUGUGUGCUUAUAGUCACCACAAAUAGUUUGAAAGCCAUAAUCAUUUGUUUGUUGUUGUUUUUUUUUUACUACUUUUAAUUAAUUUAUAAAAACAUUUUUACUUUGUCACAGUGGGUUAUGCUGAUUCCUUUCAAAUUAAAACUGUAAUAUUCUACAAACA